AUGUACUAUCUGAGUAGUUAUAUAGGGAGGAAUAUUUAUAGACGCAUACACCCCAACACACUCCCCAGCAGCAAACUGCUGGUCAGCCAAACAUACAGAUUACGUAGUCAGCCUCAGCUGCACACCCACUCUAUCAAACAUCAGUCGAAGCAGCCCAACGACAACAGGAAAUACUCUCCCUUCUUCAGGUCGCUCAUUAGGGACCUACCCCACCCGCAUAGGCCGACGAAGGACGAACUACUCGCUCUCGCUAAUGGCUUCUUCCAGCGAUUACGUAUUAGAUGGAAAUGGUGGACUAUAAGGGGCUUUAGGAAGUUCAAUGCCGACGAUCUCAGUGCAUUCAUCAGCUGGCUCCUCCUCGGACAUAUUUUCUGGAUUCUCGUCGGUACAACUACCUUCUUCUCUGCUAUCUUCGCAACCGCAAAUAGUUUACGAUUGCAAAAUUACAUCGCAGGCGCUAUAUCGAACUAUCUCACUCAAGCUACAGGUGUCACUGUUGCGUUCGAGAGCGCUAUCCUCCCCAAAUGGAAAGAUUCACGCAUUUCCUUCAAAAAUGUGCACGUUUCAAGACAUUCAGGCGGUGAAACUCUCCCACCAGUUCAACCCGACUCUUCUUCUGUUCGCCGGAAGAUCAUUUGGGACGAUAACGCACACGACCACGACGAAGAUAACGAAUUGGCUUUACGAAUAGCUCCACCCCCACCUCAAGAGACUUGGACCAUGUUUGAUUUAAAUAUAGACUCAGUUGACGUUGAACUAUCUCUCUGGAGGUGGUUAGAUGGUAAAGGUUUGGUGAAAGACGCUUCAAUUAAGGGUAUACGAGGUGUCCUCGACAGACGUGGUGUUAAAUGGGAUUAUGAUAACCCUCUGGAACCAAAAGAUUUCAGACAUGCACAUCAUCCAGGUGAUUUCGAACUCGAAUCAUUUACAAUUGAAGAUCUACUAAUUACAGUCUACCAACCAAGCGACUUUAGACCAUACAACGUUAGUAUAUUUAAAGGUGAACUUGGCACAUUGAGAAAACAGUGGCUAUGUCAUGAUUUCCUUGCAGCUCACGCUAUGACCGGUCAAUUCGACAACUCACUCUUUAGUUUACACAAACCACAGUCAAUUUCUCGAACCCACAACUACGAUGUAGAUAGAGUGUCGAGAUUCAGGAUUGAUGGUGUUGCUGUAGACCAUCUUCAAGCCGCGGCGGGUAUGACAGGUCCAACAGCCUGGAUCACGCAUGGUAAAAUGGAUGCCGUUGUUGAUAUUACCUUCCCUUUUCAGCAAGACGAGGAUCUCUUUAAUGCUAUAAUGGAGGGUCUAAACAACCUUGGUGCAGUCGUGCAGGAUGAAAAUCGCAGAAUACCUGGGCAAGCACAGCUAACGAAACCAGCUUUGACAUCACCCGAUCAGACGCAGCAACAGGAUGAAAUUUCAUACAGUAAGGAGAGAGUCAAGGUUGACAUCGAUUUAAGGUUUAGAGAUGUCAAAGCUAGUGUACCAUAUUAUACAAGCGACUUGACCUACACCAAUAACGCACUAGUGCGGCCAAUCGUUGCUUUCAUAAAUGCCAACCGGACGUUGAUACCAAUACUCUCACAUGUCGAAAUGGCGAUUGACGAGUUUGAUGGAAGUUGGACGAUUUGGGAAACUGGUCUAAUGAGUGCAGUCAGUGAGCGUAUUUAUGACGCCCUCGCUCAUCAUGUCACAUCAACCGAGGCUAACAACCAGAGGGUGAAGUAUGUCACACUCUGGAGUCUCCAGCUAUCAGCCAGAGGUGCCAUACAAACCUUAAGGAAUAUCUUGGGACAAUCGCGAGCAUUGUUGUAGUAUUAAUUGAUGUAUCUUACGAACUAACGAAAAAAGAGAGGAAAA